UGGCCCUCCUCCUUCCACGAGAGUUUUUCUCUCUAGUGUUCCUUCUCUUCCUGCUGGUUUGAAGGUUCGGUUUCUUGGUUGGUGCGUAGAUUGCCAAUGCUGGGAUAUCUAGCCCAGACCGUACAUGCAUGAUAUAAAAGCUAACCACGCGACUAACGAUAGCGUAAAGACUUAUAAUGUCGCCACGGGCCACCUCAUCUUAGAACAUAAUUACCCCCGCUGUAAACCAACCCAGGAACCGCCCUGCAUCCCCGUCGACGUCAAUGCCGUUCUGCAAACGGUGACGGCGGACGAGCUGCGGGUUGGGGCGUGGGUGAACGUGCUCGGGUACGUGAGAAGAGAAGAGUCCUCGGUCUACGUGGAGGCAGUCAUGGUAUUCCGAGCCGGCGCAAUUGCGGUGGGAGAGUACGAGAGGAUCCUGCAUCAUUCGUUGGAAGUGUAUCGAAGGGUGCGGCGACCUGGAUGAUAUCUAUCUUCUUCCAAUCGACAGGAAUAUGCAAGUCACAUUUUCACUCUUUAUCUAAAUUGAACACACUAUUCAUUAUGAUUAUCUUGAACACAUGGCUUCGUUGCCAUACAUGCGAUGUUGUAUAUGCG